AUGAAUCACAGAACCCCUCUGUACAUCAUUAAUGGAAAUUUGAUUGGUCAGCGUUAUCUCAACGAGAUUGUUCAACCUUUUGUAAUUCCACUUCUGCAGCGGAUUGGACCAGGAGCUUGGUUCCAGGACGACAACGCAAGACCUCAUCGUGCCAGGGUUGUGACCGACUUCCUGCAGCAACAGAACUGUGUUCCGAUUACUGGUAUGGUGACAACUGUGACAAAACCUGUAACUGUAAAACUCACAAUGAAGUGUGUGACAAGAGAACGGGAUCUUGUAUAUCAGGAUGUCCAAUCGGGUGGACUGGUGCAGCUUGUGACACCUGUGUUGAUGGAAAAUGGGGUUCGACUUGCAAUUAUAACUGUGGCCAUUGUGUUGGAUCUUCCUGUAAGAAAGAUGGAAGUUGUAUGUGUCAGACUGGAUGGGCUCCCACGAGAUGUGCAGCAUGUGCUAAUGGAUACUGGGGUCAGACUUGUAGUAAGAGAUGUGGACAUUGUAAAUGGUCUUCCUGUGAUACACGGACUGGAAGUUGUCAGUGUCAGACUGGAUGGGCUCCACCGAGCUGUACAUCUUGUGCAGAUGGCUUUUGGGGUCAGUCGUGCUCCAACAGAUGUGGUCAGUGUAGUGGAUCUACAUGUGACAAAACAAAUGGACACUGUACGUGCCAGCUUGGAUGGGCUCCUCCGAGAUGUACAGGUUGCAAUUCAUUAUUGA